AGGUAAACAAAAAAACAGACCAAAAAGGCAAAGAAAGAUUUUUAGAUUAAAUUAAAACGAGACCAUAAUUCUAAUUUCUAAAUUGUUUUACUUUUUAUGCUAGACGAAGUGAUCUUGAACUUCACUUUAUCUGUGAAAAACCUUCAUUGAUCCAUGCAGAUUCUAAAUACAAACAACAAAGUUGCUUGAAUUAAGUUGUCUGGAAAAAAAAAACCCAUUCUUUCGUUGAUCUCUGCUCCAAAAGUUGUCACCUUUAAUCUCUCUUCGUCUCCUCUUCUUAGAUUGAAGAAUCAAGGUUAGAUUUUAAGGCACAAUGCGGUUGUUUCCAUCAAAUUCGAGUGUGAAAAAGAGGCAGAGUAAUGGGGGAAGCAAUGGUGCUUUGUUGUAUCUCAACGUCUAUGAUCUCACACCUAUGAAUAACUAUCUUUUCUGGUUCGGGCUCGGGAUUUUCCACUCCGGUAUCGAAGUUUAUGGUUUGGAGUAUGGCUAUGGAGCACACGAGUACCCUACAAGUGGAGUGUUUGAAUUGGAACCGAGAAGUUGUCCUGGUUUCAUCUUCAGACGUUCAGUAUUAUUGGGCACCACUAACAUGUGUCGUUCAGAAUUUCGGUUAUUUAUUGAACAGCUUUCGCAAAAGUACCAUGGGGACAUGUAUCAUUUGAUCACUAAGAAUUGUAACCAUUUCACCGAUGAAGUAUGCCUGCAGCUAACUGGAAAGCCUAUUCCUGGGUGGGUAAAUAGACUGGCUAGACUAGUUUCAGGUUCAUUUUGUAACUGUCUACUUUCGGAAAGCAUUCAGGUUACUGCAGUUCGACAUCUUCCUGACAAUCCAGCAUAUUCUGAUGAUGAGAGAUUAGAUUCUGCUGCAAUGUCGUUAACAGCAGAGAGUGAGGAAGAGGAAGAGGAUGGAGUCACAGAUCAUCAUCUGCUGACUAUACCAAAUAGCAAUGUUGCAUUUCUCAAAGAAAAGACAGUGUGGCUUACCAGAGAACUAUGAUUUCCCCCUGGACUGUAAUUGUUUCUUUUGUGGGUCUUUAUUCGUUCUUGUAGCAUACAUUCGCAAAUGCAUGACAGUGUAUCAGAUUCAGAUAUCUUCAAGGUUCAGUGAUGAUGCUAUGGGCUUCAUUUUUAUUCAAAAAUGUUCUGCCGUGCCCGAACAUAUUCAUUUACUACCCUUAAAGACAUGGGUGGCCCGAGUCUGUACCAUUAUAUGUUGUAUUUUCUUCAUCUCUUUGUCAAAAGACUAUUAUAUACGAUUUCUAUAUGCUUCGAGAUUAAUUGAAGCUGAAAGUUUGAAUUU